AUGACACAGCGACAACAAGAUUCUUACUUUCAACAAGAAGAAUUGCUUAACAGCUUCUUGAGCAAUAACAAUAACACAAGUAGUGGAAAUUAUAAUAAUAGUAACGAUAUUGCUGCGUCAUUAUACAUUAAUACACAACUUGGUACAGACAAUGGAUAUUUUGAUAACAGCCCACAAUAUCCAACUCAUUUUAUGUCUCAACAAGGAGGGUUCAUUGAUUUGUUGAAUAACAAUCCUGCUGCUACGGCAUAUUCAAUUCAAGGACAGCAACAGUACAAUCAAAGAAUGGAUCCAUACUAUCGACAGUAUUUGGUAGAACAAAGAAAACAACAGGAACUGUUAUUACUUCAACAAAAGCAUCAACAACAACAACAACAGCAGCAGCAGCAGCAGCAACAGCAAUAUUAUCGUCAACAACAACAACAACAAAUCAUGUUUUUACAACAACCAGCAGCGCCUAUGACUACUGCUGCUACUACUGGUUCUUCUUCUUCUAAAAGAGCAAGCCAUAGAAAAAAGAAAUCAAUCAAGUAUGAAGAAGAUUCAGAAGACGAAGAUAUGGAAGAAAUUAUGCAGCAAGAUGACGAAGAAGACGAAGAUAGUGAUUACGAUUCACCAUCCACUAAAUCGGCUAAUAAACAAGCCACAGAAACCCCUACAGUGAUGAUUCCAAUGGGAACAAAGACGUUUGAAAAGAUUUUGGACUACAGAAUGAAUGAAACUACGCACCAGCCUGAACUAUUGGUAAAAUAUAAGUUUUCUAGUUAUCACCAUGCAGAAUGGGUCCCCAAAGAAAAAAUCGAAAGAGAACAUUUGGGUAAACAUCGAGUAAAGAAGUUUUUGACAAAGUGGCACCAAGAUGGACAAAGGGGGGAAGAUUUUUCGGAGCAUCUAAAGAUUGAUCGUAUUAUUGAUGAGGGUGAAUUGAGAGAUGCCGUCACGGGUGAACCAAAGAUCUAUUAUCUUGUCAAAUGGAAAGGAUUGUUUUAUGAUGCAUCGACAUGGGAAAGUGAAGACGAUGUACAAAAGAUGGAUGAAAACAAAAUAUAUGAAUAUCAACGCAAUCGAGUGAUACCUCCAGAAAAAGCAUCUAAUCCACCUAGACGUCCUGAUUAUACUCAAUUUGUAAAAUACGAAACAAGCAUAAAAUACAAGUUUGGCAAUGAACUGCGUCCAUAUCAAUUAGAAGGUUUGAAUUGGUUGAGAUUCUGCUACUACAACUACCGUUCUUGCAUAUUGGCAGAUGAAAUGGGCCUCGGCAAAACGGUUCAAUCAGUUGCUUUCUUGAAUGAUCUUUAUUAUCAAUUGAAUGUGAGAGGCCCAUUCUUGAUCAUUGCACCCUUAUCAACUGUGCCUCACUGGGAAAGGGCGUUUAAGGCAUGGACUGACUUGAAUGUCAUUGAUUAUCGCGGGAAUACCCUAUCUCGAAACCUGUUGGUGGAGACCGAAUUCUAUUUCAAGGACAUCCAAAGUAAACCUAUACCCGAUAGAUACAAGUUUGAUGUUCUUAUUACAACUUAUGAGAUGGCAUCUGCAGGCGCUGCUCAUCUCAAAGAUAUUCCGUGGAAAUGUGCUGUAUUUGACGAGGCUCACAGAUUAAAGAACAAGCAAUCAAAAGUAGGAGAAGUCCUAAAGACGUUUUAUAUUGAACAUAAAAUACUGCUGACAGGCACGCCACUUCAAAACAAUCUGGAUGAACUCUACAGUUUGCUCAACUUUAUGCAGCCAGAAAUAUUCAAUGACGAACGCGCUUUCUUUGCAGAGUAUGGUAAACUACAGACAGCUGCUGAAGUCGAAAAGCUCCAGGCACUGCUAAAGCCAAUUAUGCUCAGACGUUUCAAGGAAGAUGUUGAAAAGACAAUUCCUGUAAAAGAAGAAACGGUGAUUGAAGUUGAAUUGACAAACCCUCAAAAGAAAUGGUAUCGCGCUAUAUUGGAAAAGAACUUUAGCUUCUUAAAGAAAGGAACAAAGUCUAAUAAGGAAAUGCCACAACUACGAAACAUCAUGAUGCAGCUUCGAAAGUGCUGUAUCCAUCCUUAUUUAUUAGAAGGCGCUGAAGAAGUCAUCAUAAAAGAUUCUGGUGCAGUUACUCCUUUUGACCAAUUUAAUUGCUUGGUCCAAUCUUCGGGAAAACUGGUGUUGAUUGAUAAGCUAUUACGUAAAUUGUUUGAGGGAAAUCACAAAGUGUUGAUUUUCUCUCAAUUCACAAGCUGCUUAGACAUUUUAUCUGAUUACCUGAGAGGAAGACAGUAUCCUCAUGAACGCAUUGAUGGAAGUAUUCCAAGUGAACAAAGGCAAGCUUCUAUUGAUAGAUUCUCAACUUUACCUAUUACCGAAUCUUUUGUAUUCUUAUUAUGUACAAGAGCUGGUGGUGUUGGUAUUAACUUGACGGCUGCAGACACUUGUAUCAUAUUUGAUAGUGACUGGAAUCCCCAAAACGACUUACAAGCACAAGCACGCUGUCAUCGUAUCGGCCAAACAAAGCCUGUUCAAGUGUACCGCCUGAUCUGCAGAAACACCUAUGAGAAAGACAUGUUUGAUCGUGCAGGCAUGAAGCUUGGAUUAGAUAAGGCCGUCAUGCAAAGAAUGAAUUCUUCCAAGGAUGAAGAAGUUGCUACCGCUUCUUCUGUAUCCAAGAACGAACUUAGCAAAAAAGAAAUUGAAGAUUUGUUAAAGAAGGGUGCCUAUGGUGCAGUGAUGGAUGAUGAAGAAAGUGCACAAUUUUGUGAAGAGGAUAUUGAUCAAAUUCUCGAGAGACGCACAACGGUGAUUCGCCACGAAGGUAACGAGAAGGGAUCCAUCUUUUCGAAGGCAACCUUUUCUUCAUCUGUCGAAGGCCAAGAUGUUGAAUUGGACGACCCUGAUUUUUGGGAGAAGUGGGCUGCCAAGGCUAACCUGGACGUGACAGAGGUUCAGGAUGAAAAUGAUUUAAUUGUCUACGAGCCACGAAAGCGUAGACAAGUACAGCGAUUCGGUGCACGACAGGAUGAUGCCUACUCGGAUAAUGACAAUGCUGAUGACUCUGACGCGUAUGAAGAUGAGAGUGAAAAGUCAAGAAAACGUGAUACUAUUCGCCCUUGGACGUUAUCUGAAAAGACAAAGUACGAACGCAAGUUGAUGAUCUAUGGCUAUGGUCCAUGGAAGCAAAUGCAGGCUCAUUUUCCUCGUCGCUCUGAAAAAGAUCUGAAGGCUGCCACGCGUUCAUUGAUGCGUAAGGUACUUCCUCAAAUUGAAGGCAACAGUGAAGAAGAUAAAAAGUUGGUUGAGGAUAUUGAAAUGAUUUUGGAAAAUGAUGCAGAGGAUGAAAUACGUGGUGACCAUACGGUUCCUUAUAAAGGCGCUACCAAGAAGCAGAUUGCUGAAUUUAGGUCAUUCUUGAUUCAGGCACCUCCUGAAUACAUUGAACAUAUUGAAAGAAAGGGCCGUAAUUUCUUGCUAAGAAUUCAAAUGCUUCACAUGGUUCGGGACAGGAUUGUACCAAAGGAUUGGGAAGAGGCUAAGCAGCUACCAAUUCCAAAAGUGAGUGGAUCUUUGCCUUGUGACUGGUGGGGAGAAGCAGAAGACCGUGAUCUAUUACUAGGCAUAUGUAAGCAUGGUUAUCAACAGUACUUAACUAUGCGUAAAGACAAGGAGUUUUGCUUUUAUGGCAAAAGGUACGAUGACAGUAAAGCAGGAACGCUUCAAGAAGAUGACGACGACGCAGGAACCGAGAAACAGCAGCAGGAUGAUGUAUCUGACAUCAGCUCAGAAGAUGCUACUGUCUAUGUGUGGCCCUCCAAGGCAGACAUUGGUAUGCGUCUUCGUCGUAUCAUUGCAGCCUUUUUACGAGAGCAAGGUGUUGAGAACAAGAAGCGCAGAGGUGGUCCCGCUGCUGGAAAUGGUCGAUCAACCCGUCAACGAGGCGACUCAUCUAAUCGAUGGCAAAAGAAGAGCAGAAGUGACUUUUUACGAACUAUUCUAUCAUUUGGCGUUGAAACAGUUCAUGGUGAUCCUAAUAUUCGCUGGGAUCGAUUUAGAGAAUUAUCUGGAUUAGACAAAAAGACGGAUGCUGCGUUAGAUGUGUAUUAUUACAAGUUCAUUAGUGCGUGCAAGGAGAUUAUGAAGAGACAACAAAAGCCUUCGUCAACAGAAGAUGAUGAACAGCAAAGUCGAGAGUCAAGUGAAGAGCCUGCAACUACAGGUGCAGAGGAAACGGAUCAGCUAGUUGAAACCAUUCCUUAUGAUAAAGCAAGAAGAGCCUUAAAACGUGUUGAUCAAAUGAAGCGAAUUCGUGAGCAUGUUAUUGUAGCUCCUGACUUGGAUGAAGCUUUGCUAAGGGCAAGAAAGACUUCAGGCCUGCCAACAUGGUGGGAGGUGCCCUUACAUGAUAAGGCACUAUUACAGGGUAUCUGUAAACACGGUAUCGGACGACAUGAUCUCAUGAUUAGUGACCCUGAAUUACCAUUUCAUAAGAUUGUACAGCAAUAUAAUGAAAACAAAGACGCGACAGAAUCGAAUCCUGAGACAACUGCAGAGAUAUUGACACGCAUUACUUGGCCAAAGGAUUUAGUAAUCGCAAGACGUAUUGAUGCGCUUUGCGAGCUUAUUCUUAGACCAAGACCCCCGCCAAAGAGACCAGCAGCAUCACGUAAUCGAAAGCGAAAAUCUCCUGAGGAAAGCGCGACUCCUAGCACAACUAGCAGCAAUGCACCUGCAGCGACGAUAAACGAUGCAGUAACUCCUGCAGCCGCUGCUUCAUCAAGUCAUCCAUCACCAUCCAUUUAUAUGAAUCCCAGCUACAUGCAAGAAACUCCAGAAAUGGCAGCAGCACGAGCCGCGUUUUUGGCAGGAAGAAAACCUUUAAGCGAUGUAGAAACUGAUUCAGACGAAGAAGAAGAAGAGGAAGAAGGAGAAGAUACUGAGGAUGCGGAGCAAUAUGUGGCAGCAAAACGACCACGCUAUGAUCAGCCACCACAACAAUCACGUCCUCUUACUAAACCUUUAAAAUCUCAACAACAGGCGUACAGAUACAAUCAAUACUCACUACCCUCAUAUAACAAUAACAGAUACUACACAAACAUGACACUCUCUAGACCGUCUACGCAUAUGGAUGCUUCAUCGUCAACUACAACCAGCACCUCUAAUACGGUAAAUGAUGAAGACGACGAAAUGGAAGAAGGUGAGAUUGCUUCUUCAGAUGAAGAAAUCGUGCACCAUUAUGGCAACACCCACAUGGGAAUACCCCCUCAUUUACGCCAUUAUUAA